CUCAAGUUCCCUCUUCUCAGUUGUCCCCAAGCAAGAAAGUGGAAUAAGGAAAGCAGAGUAGAAUCUACCACCAAUCGAAGAUGAUGAAGACGACGACUCUUCUCCUCAGUUUCCUUCUGGUCUUUUCAGUCUUUCAAAUUCAACCCAGCAGCUCAGCAUCGGUGGAACAAGAGUGCAGCAACCAGAUCUCGAAGGUGACCCCCUGCCUUAACUACGCCACGGGAAAGGCGUCUUCUCCCACCGACCAGUGUUGCAGCGCCGUGAGCGACAUCAAGACCCACAACCCGGUUUGCUUGUGUUACGUCAUUCAACAAACACACGAUGGCGUGGCCUCCAUUAAGCAGAUAGGCCUUCAGGAAGCCAAGUUACUUCAACUACCCACCGCUUGCAAGUUGGCUAAUGCUAGUUUCAGUGACUGCCCAAAGCUCUUAAAUUUAUCAGCCAAUUCUCCAGAUGCUGCAAUUUUUACAAAUUCUUCAUCAGCAGCAACUUCCAAUGCAACUGCUACGGCAAGUGAGAACUCCAAUUCCAAUUCCAAUUCCAAUGGACUUAAGCAUGGAACCCAAGUUGCAGGUCCUAUAGCAAUCACCAUUGCUGUGGCUGUCUUCAUCUCAGUUUUCCCAACAGGUCUCUCCUCCUUGCUGUUAUGUGCUGGAGCUUGAAGGUGCACGUAAUCACCUUUUUUAUGUUAAUUUUCUCUUUAACA